UCCGUACAGCUUCCCCGAUGAGCAUGCUCAAGUACGAUCCGAUUGUUCUCUUCCUCGAACAAAAGCGGAAAGGCAAAUGAUCGACGUUCCGGCUUUACAAUUCGUCUCGAACCCCCUACACGACGCGAUCCAUCGAUCCUCCGUCCCACACCAAUUCGCAAUGUACCAAUAAUGAUAUCAACAUCCAGCGGCGUUCGCGGUGGUCUGGUUUGACCUUUGAUUUAAAACAAUGAAGAAUCAACAUGUAUCUAUAUCUACUACCAGACAUCCGCUCCCGCCGACUUCGAUCCUCUGUGGACAAGGAGACUACAACACACGAGGAUCGACGGGACAUUGGUUACCUCCUGAAGCCAGGCUAGGUACAUAUAGAAGCAAAAUCAGUCUCCCUAAUAUCUUCCAUGUGCGACAAUCCUGCGCGGAACCCACGACCCCUGACCAUUUUGAAAAGCAACUGAGAAGCAGUCAGACAUUGAUGACAAUGAUACGUGCCCGCAAGAAACAGCAAACGACUUUUUUCUUUCUUUUUUUGACCUUGAACAUAACCAUGAACGGUUCUCUUUCGUUGGUGGUACAUUGCCAGCCUCCACAGAUACUCACAGAGCAGUAGACCACGACUUCGUUCAGGCGUCGGACUCGGCAGGCUG